AUUUCAUAUUCAACGCUGGCCUAAACACCAUUCUUCUUGUCCGACUUGCAGAGCAACCCAUCGGUAAUGAGUUUUGAUGGCCGCCAAUCGAGCCCACGAUGAUUACUGGGUCAACAUGCCAUUGGAGAGCCAAUAGUAUUUUACUUUGCGGUGUGGCAUGGAAUUGGUCACUCAAUUCCUGAGGAACAGAUGUUUUGAUGAUUUUGAAUCGUUGGAGCUAUGAUGACGACAUGACCUUCAGGUCUAUCUUCAAACUUUAAUUUUACAAUUUUCAUUUAUUCGUUUACAUUUUCAGCUUGUGUAUUUAGCAAUAGUAUCAUUGCAGCCGUUAAUUUUAACAUCAAGAUACUACGUAUGAUACAACGUAUUAAUUUAUGCUUUUCAACUUAGAGCUUGCUGGUAUAACAAUACCAACUAAUGGGAUGUUAUAUAGCUCUCAAGGCCAAGUUUCGUCUGCUUAAUUGCUUACUUUAGCUAAAAAAAAUUAGAACAUGGACUGAGAAAAUAUAUUGUAGAAGUAUGAAAUGAAUAACACAAAAACUGUGCUGCCUUCGCAACAAGACGGAUAGGUUUUUGACUUUCAGAGUUUAGCAGCUGCCAGCCGGAUUUGAUUGAUCUAUUACCGGUGUUGGAUCUAUAGAGUCCGUCUGGUAGCACGAAAAUCGGCUGAAAUUUCUGAAGUUCUGGCUGAAGUGGCUGCAUUGGCUAAUUCUGCUGAUUUAAGAAAAAAUUAUUUUUAAAAUAUAUUUUAUAAAUAAAAUAAAGAAAAAAGUAUAUGUAAAAAUAGCUAAAAUGGUCAUCUACAAUAACUUCAGCCAAUAAAGCCACAGAAAAGUAACUUCAACCUUACUUUUUCUGCUUAUUACACAAUUCAGCCCGCGCUAAAACAAAAAUUACGUGUUUGGUGAAAAAGUUGGCUGAUAAGCGUGAUAAGCCGAAAAAUGGUAUUACCAAACGGCACCAUAGUCUUUACACAUGUAGGUUGUUUUACCUUCAGGGCAAUUGUUGUUUAUUUUUUUUUUAUCCAUCCUAGAGCCAUUGAUUUGUGUGAUAUGAAUGCUCAGCCAAUUGUAUGGAAGCCUGAACCUGAGGGGGAAUUCACACUCAAAUCAGCAUAUAAUGAAAUAAGAGAGAGUUCUGGAUCAGCUUUUUCAUUUAAACACACUUGGCACAAGCAGCAGAAGCUUAAUGUUAAGCUUUUUCAGUGGAAAGUCAUGCAUAGGUUUAUUCCUAUAACUGAUAAUUUAGCUAAAUUUCAAAGGAUUAUUCUUCCCUCCAUAUGCCCCAUAUGCAGGAAGCACAGUGAUAGCAUGAACCAUGCUUUUUUCAAUGUUCUAAGGUUUUUGAUGUUUGGAAAUAUUUUAUGGGCAUUUUUGAAAUACCAAUUAUCUCUAACAGGAGUUCUAUUAGAAAUGUUUUCAUCAACUGGUGGUUUCAGGCUGGCCACAAAACUAUGAUAGAUGUUUUCAAACAUAAUCUCCCUGGAAUAGUAUGUUGUCACAUUUGGAAAGCUUAUGCAAAUAUGGUUUGGGGUCAAGGGGCUGUAUCUUUCCCUACAACUGAAAAUCUUAUCAUUCAAAUUAAACUUUAUACUCAAACUUGGGUUCAGAGCUGGGGGAAACUGAAAUUCAGAUCUGUGGACAAUAUUCUCUAUGAGGAAAAGUUGAUUCCAUAUAAUUUCAAGACAGGAAGUUCUAAGGUUGCAAUCGCGAAGUGGAUUAAACCUAAAGGUCAGCUUAAAUUAAAUAUUGAUGCAUCUUUCUCACCUGAUGGAGCUGCUGGAGGAGCUAUCGUGAGAAACGAAAGGGGAGAAAUGUUGUUUGCUCUGUGUUUUCCGUUGUCUGCAGAUUCCAGUCUCGAGGCGGAGCUAAAAGCUAUUGUCACGGCAACGAAAUGGGCUCUGAGUUCCGGCUAUGGUGAUUUCAUGGUUGAAUCGGAUGCAUCGAGAGCGGUCGAGCUGAUUUCAGCUAAGAGAGAAGGUAGAUGGUAUUCGUUGGUUCAGGAGAUGGCUCUUUCGACUUCUCAGACACAGGUGGGCUUCAGACACAUAUGGCGAGAAAGGAAUUGGGCUGCUCAUUACAUUGCAGCUUCCAAGUCGGCCCAAUUCAGUGUUAUCAACUCUAUUAAUUAUUUAUCAGACUUGAGCAGAAAGACAUAUUUUUUAGACUAUUUUGGCAUUCCGUCUCUUAGAUAUGUUUCAUUUUGUUAUUGAUCUUUCAUUUAUUUAUCUGCUGAGAGGUAUUGGCUUGGUCCCCCUCUCUGUUUGUAAUUGCUCCUUUUUUUAAUUAAAUUACGGCAAAUGUUCCCCGGCGUUUGCCCCAC